UCAUUUUUCUUCAAUCAAAAUAAUUUUUGCUUUUAGUUGAACUUUAAGAAUUACAUUACGUUUUUCAUGGGCAGUUUAAAGUUUAAUUAGUAGAAUCUACAACACAUCUUGUAUACUACUAAUCAAGAGUAUGUCAAAAGUAAUCAUUAAGAUAAAUCCGUAGCAACACAAAUAAUAAGGUACAUGGUUGAUGGAUUUAAUUAACGAUGCCCUUAAGCUUGGUUUGAACGUUUCGUUUGACGUAACUUCACCAAACAAAGCAUAUGCUGGUCAUACAGUUUAUAGAUUAACUCUUAAGACACAAGGUUUUAACCAUGAUGAUGCAGUGAAAAAUGAGUUUAUUUCAUGGAAAAGAUUUAGCGAAUUCAAAAAACUCCAUAAGUCAUUGAAAGCUGAUUUUGAAACAAUUUUUUUAAGUUAUCCUGAGUUUGCAAAAAGUAAAGUAUUUGGUCGAUUCGAUAAAGAUGUCAUUGAAGAAAGGCGUCUUUCAUCAAUACAGUUGAUGAACUUCAUUAUCAAGUUUCCUGAAAUGAUUCAACAUCCUGCUUUUCAAGUGUUUAUUAAGAAAAGACCUUCAACUUCAAAAUCAACAUCAUCAGUUUCUUUACCUCUUACAGAUAACCAACAAGUACCUCAACUUCUACCAGGUUUAAGUUCUCCUAUUGAAUCAAUUGACAUGUCUGAAACUCAAAGCAUUGAGUCUAGAGAUAGAUGUGUUAAUUCCAAUGUUAUUUUGGAUGCAGAUGAUUUAGAUGAUGUUUUCCUUGCCAACUAUGAUGAUAAUCCAAGAAGACUAUGGUUAAGGGAAGCUCGUUCAAUAUGUGGAGAUGAUUUAGAAUCUCUGGCAGAAGCACCUUGUGAUCUUCCUAAUGCAGAUAUUUUUGAUAGUACAUAUAUACUUUUGGAUGAACCAUCUAAUGACACUGUGUUAUUAAGCAAUAACUCUAUUGUAUCUGACUUAACAAGUACCAGCCAUAGUUUGCAGUUUCAAUCAAAGUUUAAAUUUCAGGUUAAUGAUAAAAUGUCAAGAAUCAUUAGCAAAACAAUUGCAGAAGAUGACUAUAUUUUUCAAGCAAGUGUGUCCAUGAGUAAUGCUAUUGAACAAGAAGAACUUGGAAAUUUUGAUGAUGCUUUUGAAAUGUAUAAAUUUGGGAUUGGUUUGUUACUACGAGGUGUUCAAAUUGACGAUAAUGCUGAUAGGCAAGAAGCUGUUAGAAGAAAAACAGCUCAAUACUUGCUGCGUGCUGAACAAUUAUAUAACACAAAGCUCCACCCAAGUGGUAGUAUAGAAGAGACCAUUGUUUUAGAUGAUAAUAAGUGGAGGUUCAGAUUAAGUGAUGUAAGAGUAUUUGGUGUUAUUAAUAAUGUAAUGUUAGUUCAAAAGAUAUAUGUAGAUGAAGUGUUUGUUAUGAAAGUACUUCACAAGCAAGGCGGUGUUUACAAACAUAAAGUUCGACAAAAAAAUCAGAGAAAUCUUUACAAUAGCAACUUUAUGGUUAAACUUAUCAAUUGUGUUGAAACUCAGACAGGAAUUUAUCUAUUAUUACAGUAUGUUCAAGUUCGUCUUUGGGACUUCUUAAAUUUGCCUAUUAUUUUUUCUAACCAUUUACAGAUUAAUUCAGUUGAUGAGUAUUGGAAUUGUGAAAAUGGGGUGAAUACCUGUGAAAGUAGGGUGGAUACUUGUGAUUAUAAGUCUAAUAGUAUUAGUUGUGAUUUUUCAGGGUUUAUAAAAGAGCUAAGCCUAAAAAGCUAUCAAGAUAAGAUUAAAAUUUGGGCUGCACAAAUUGUAUUUGGUGUUUCUGAACUUCAUUCUAGAGGGAUUAUAUGCAGGGACUUAAACCCUCUUAAUAUUUUGUUGGACUCAAAUGGUGUUGUAAAGCUGACAUACUUCUCAAAUGUUGAAGGCAUUGAUUACAACAUUAAUUUAGAUGCUAUUCGAUAUCUAUACACAUCACCAGAGGUCAAUGGAGUAUUUGAUAAUGUAACUUCAACCGAUUGGUGGAGUGUUGGAGCUCUUUUGUUUGAACUAAUCACUGGCAAGUCACUAUAUAGCUGUCAUCCAGAUGGUAUAACUAAUCGGUCUGUUAUUGUCUUACCAAAGAUGAUUUCUACUGAAGCUCAUUCUUUAUUAGCUGGACUUUUGAAGUUUUCUCCAGAAGAAAGGCUUGGUGGCGGGCGUACAGGAUGUGAAGAAAUCAAAUCACAUGUUUAUUUUUCUGGAAUUGAUUGGGAAGCAAAAAAAAUAAUUUGAUAUUUUUAA